UAAUUGGACAGGCGCGUCACGUGGUCUCGAUGGCAACUGUAGCUCUCGCGCCAAGACUACCUGCAAACAGCAAAAGACUGACGUAAGGCGUAGUCAUGCUAGCUUAUAGCAACGUUUUACUUUUUUAUCUUUAAAUUAAGAUGGCUGACAUUUUAUCGUUGAAAGAAUCGGUUGUGGUCUAUUUAGACAGAAGUGGUGGCCUCCAGAAACUGGCCGAAGAAUGCAGACAAUUUAACGAUCCCCAACAGAUUAAGGCAGUGUACAGGUUUUGUAUCAGUGUGAAUCCCUCUGACAUGAUAGAGGUGGACCCAGUCUUGGGUGACUGUGUUCUCCAUGACCCCUUAAGAGCGACAGCGUUGUUUCAGUCUGUUUGCUUUCUGGCCAUAAAGACUCUUUCACUUGUUGAACAAAUACACACAGAGAGUCAGGUGAAUGUAAUUCUCAAGUUGACACACCUUCCUCCUUUCCCUGAGUACUCAUUGGACCUUUGCGGGUUUCCUCGUGGAUAUGGCCCCAUGAGGCCUGUCUCCAUGGAGGGCCUGGUCAUUGCUAUGACGAGGGUCACAAAAUACACCCAGGGAGCCCUGUUCCUCUGCAUAAAUGAUGACUGCCCAUGCUCUACAGGGUUCCACCACAUCCGAGUCCAUGCACCAGGAGCCACAGAGUCAGCUACUGUAAGAAACAACUUCAGCUGCAUGAUCUGCAACUCUCAACUGAAAGAGGAUGUGAAGUUCAGAGUUUUGGGAGACAAGCAGCUUGUGGAGCUGAUCCAUGUCAAAGCGCUGGAUCUUCUAAAUGCCCAUCAGCCAAGCUCACUCAGAUACCAGUCUGUCACCCUGUUUCUCAGAGAUGAGCUGUGUAACUCGAUGAGAAUCGGUCGGCUCUACAGGGUGUUAGGCAUUCCUGCGCAUGUGCACCAGUGGCCCAACAUUACCUGGAGUGUAGAGGCAAAUAAUGUCCAACCGUGGGAGCCAGACCAUCCCCAUAAAGUCAGUGCCAGGUUCCAGGAGCUGUUGAAGACCACAGCCUCUUCCCCUUGGAGGUUCCCUGCCAUCGUAGCUCACAGCUUUGGGUCGGACAUGGCUCCUCCAGGCUUGUACAACACACUGAAGCUGGGUCUGUUGCUCAGCCUGGUGCAGACCAGAGCAGGUGCAAAAGACACAUUUCACAACUUGGAUCUCCUAGUUGUCACCACUGACACUCUCAUACUAGACAGACUAAUGGCAUACAGUUUAAGUUUGGCAAGUCGUGGGGUCAGGCAUCAGGUCACAGGGGAGAUGUUUGCAUCUCUGUCCCGGGACGAACAUGGAGCAGGCACUGCCAACAUCCAUGCUGGUUCUGCCCUGCUAGCCACUGGGGGCAUAUGCAUGUUGGGAGAUCUUGGCUGUUACAAAAAGGACAGGCUGGAUUCCAUUCAGUCAGUACUGGAGAGCCGUACAGUGUCUGUGUUCAUCCCUGGGAAGAAGUAUGGUGAGGAUGCUGACCAGCAGCUUUCCUUCCCGGUCCAGUGCAGCUUCUGGGCACUUGCAGACUCCUCUCAGCGGUCUGGGAGGGCAGACUGCACUGUACUGGGAACAGCAGAAAUGGGUCCCAUACCAAUUCAGUUAGCAGACGCCUUUGGCCUGGUCAUUCAGUGUAGGGACAUGGUGAGAGAGCAGACCCUGCUCGCCCAGACUGUCCACACCCUCCAGCAGGCAGUACAACCUGGAAAGCCCCUCUACCCAUCCCGCUGGGAGUUUUCUUCUCAAGACUACCAGGAGCUGGUAGCCCACGCACAAAGUUUACAAGUGGAGCUCAGUCCUGGAGCAGAGAAAAUGAUCCGUGGUUACUACAUGGCCAGCCGUAGAGUGCGGACACAGAGUCAGGGUGUCAAGAUAUCUGUGGCCUCUAUCAAACUACUGAUCUCUCUGGCUGAGGCCCACUGCAAGUUAUGUCUCAGAACACGUGUACUGGAGGUUGAUGCUGUUAUUGCUGUGCUUCUCUGUGAAAACUCAGUCACUCUUAAGCACGGGGCCUCUGCUCUCGUUAUUCCACCUGAUGCAGUGUUUCCCUGUGACCUGGGAGACGUGGAUGGUUUGCACAGGAGAGACGUGACCCUGGAUGAGCUCCACCAGAACAUCCUGCGCUUCAUUUAUGCCUACGCACCAGGAGCAGACACAUACAUCACAGAGGAGUAAGAUCCAAUAACAUAGUGUUCGAGUCAAAUGGGCAAUAUAGGUGGUGGCCAGUAUCAACACGUCGAGUUUGGACAGCUUGGUGUCCGGCGGCACUGACGGCA